UAAAAUUAGCAAGCAAACAUGAUCAGUGUAAAUAGGUUUAGCCACAGAUCGCAUUGUCCAAAGCCGUCUCUUCUGCACAGAAUGCUGGUUAUCCACACCAAAGUGGGGAGAUUUUAGCCCACAUUCACCACUUUAUAGGCUCUCUGGGGAUGGAUGUUAAUACUGAAGAAGAUGUCUCCAAAGAUCACCUAGAAAAGGGGAAACAAGACUGCCUUCCCGAGGAUCACUUAGAAGACAAGAGAUUGACCCUAGCUGGGAUUCCUCUGGGCUUGGAGUACAACUGGUCUUGGACUCAAACAAUGAAUUACGUGGGUCAGCUGGCUGGACAAGUAUUCGUUACUGUGAAGGAGCUGUACAGAGGCCUGAAUCCCGCCACUCUCUCUGGCUGUAUAGAUGUCAUAGUGAUCCGUCAGCCCAAUGGCAACCUGCAAUGUUCACCCUUUCAUGUACGCUUUGGGAAGAUGGGAGUUCUGCGCUCCAGGGAGAAAGUGGUGGACAUUGAAAUCAAUGGAGACUGUGUGGAUCUCCACAUGAAGCUGGGGGACAAUGGAGAAGCCUUUUUUGUUGAGGAGACCGAGGGUAAUGAGGAAUCCAUCCCGUCAUACUUGGCAACUUCGCCUAUCUUACUGGAUGGAGCAUCUCUCAUGGAGGCUCAGCUGAAGAGAAGUUCAGUAGAGUGGACUAGAGGUCUGGACUCUACAGGUUCUUCCCAGAACCCUGGAAUGGCUCACUUGUCCCAACCCAACCCAGACAAUGUCAUGAGUGGAUCUGUAAAGAAGAGAAGGAAAAGGAGGAGGAAAGCAAAGCUGGAUAAUAUAAAGAGAGACGAUAAUGGUGACACAACAGAAGAUGAUGACAUGUUUACCAUGGAGAUGAGCUCAGAGGAAGAGACGGAACUACUGGAAACCGCCAGAUCGUCUGUGCAGAACAGUUUUAGUGACAGAGUCUCUGAGGUGAACCAAUCACACACUUCCUUCACUAAACCUGAGAAGUACCCGCAUUCUGAUGGAGAGUGGACACCAAACCCAAGUCCUCCAGGCUCCCGUUCUGCAACGCCUAAGAGUGACUCUGAGCUGGUCAGCAAAGCACAGGAUCGAGGAAUGGCAGCCAACGAGGUCCCAAUGCACUGGGCCUGGGGGGAGCUACCUCAGGCUACCAAGUCUCCACACAAAAUGAAGGACACAAGUGUUGUGAACAUAAACCCGCGUGAAAGCACACAUUUCAGGAUCAUACUAAGCACUUCUGAAGAAGGAAACAUCUCAUCACUUCCCACAGCUGAUGAGCAGACAGCCUUGUGCAUUGUAGAAGAUGAAGAGCCAGAGAUGGAGCCACUCCAGAGAAGCGCAGACAUUGACAUUGAGUCUCUAGGAGCUGCAGCCGCUGCUCCCAUGUAUGAAGAGGCCAUCCCUUUAACUGUCUGUAUGAGCCAACCAUCAACUCAGCCAUCAAGCAAGACUGAUUCACCUUCCAAGAAGAAAGAUAAACGGAGCAGACAUCUUGGAGCGGAUGGUGUCUAUUUAGAUGACAUCACCUGCAUGGAUCCUGAACUUGCUGCAUUGUAUUUCCCAAAAAGUGGUGACCCGCCUGCACCAGGGAAAAUCGCAGCAGAAAAUGGUGUCCGUUCCGCCAACCAGUCACCGCAGUCUGUGGGAAGCUCUGGGGUGGACAGCGGGGUAGAAAGCAUCUCUGAUGGGAUUCGAGAUCUGCCUUCUAUUGCUAUAUCAUUAUGUGGCGGCCUCAAUGACAACAAAGAACUGACAAAAGAGCAGUUCUUGGAGCAAGUUGUAACAUACCAGCAAUUUGUGGACAAUCCGUCCAUCAUUGAUGAUCCCAACCUUGUUGUUAAGAUCGGAAACAAAUACUUCAAUUGGCCUACAGCCGCCCCUCUGCUCCUGGCCAUGCAGGCUUUCCAGAAACCAUUGCCUAAGUACUCUUGCUUUGAUUUCGUCUGUGCUCUGGUAGAUUCCAUUAGAAUUUGUUUUUCUAGUCUCUGUGGCCAGCAGACAGUCACUGUGGACACUUUGAUGAGAGACAAGAUGCCAAAAAAGGGAGGCAGGUGGUGGUUCUCCUGGCGUGGACGGAACAGCAACAAUAAAGUAGAGUCUAAAGCAGAACAAGGCUUGAAUGGAAAAGGACUUUACACUGGCGAUCAGGCUGCUGGCACCAGCAUGGAUAAAAGAAUAAAGGAUGAGUCUUCGUCCAGUGACGACGAUCACAGGGCAUCCAAGCAGAACAUGGGCUCUCUGCAGUCCAGCCAGAGUCACCUUUCAUCAUCGGGUAUUACGUAUAAGAAAACACUGCGGCUGACCUCUGACCAGCUUAAAAGUCUGAAGCUGAAAAAUGGCCCCAAUGAUGUUGUGUUCAGCGUUACGACUCAGUACCAGGGAACAUGUCGCUGUGAGGGCACCAUUUACCUGUGGAACUGGGAUGAUAAAAUCAUCAUUUCCGAUAUUGAUGGAACAAUUACGAGGUCAGAUACAUUGGGCCAUAUUUUGCCAACUUUGGGAAAAGACUGGACCCACCAGGGAAUUGCUAAACUGUAUCAUAAAGUUAGCCAGAAUGGAUAUAAAUUCCUCUACUGUUCAGCACGGGCUAUAGGAAUGGCUGACAUGACUCGCGGCUAUCUGCACUGGGUAAACGAGCGUGGCACGGUGUUACCUCAAGGACCUGUACUCCUCAGUCCCAGCAGUUUGUUCUCUGCACUUCACAGAGAAGUCAUAGAAAAGAAGCCAGAAAAAUUCAAAAUAGAGUGUCUGACAGAUAUUAAAAACCUCUUUUACCCCAAUACGGAGCCCUUCUAUGCUGCUUUUGGGAACCGGCCUACUGAUGUUUAUUCGUAUAAGCAAGUAGGAGUUUCCCUAAACAGAAUAUUUACGGUGAAUCCCAAAGGCGAGCUCGUCCAAGAGCAUGCGAAGACCAACAUCUCCUCCUACGUACGUCUCUGCGAGGUGGUGGAUCAUGUCUUUCCGCUGUUGAAGAGAAGCCAUUCCUCAGACUUCCCUUGCUCCGACACCUACAGUCAAUUCACAUACUGGCGAGACCCAGUACCACCCUUCGAAAACCAGGAUAUCCAUCCCCCAGCCUCUUAAAGACAGAACUCUCUUUUGUUUCCACCCAAACGGCAACAUUUCAUCAAAUCUUUCAGCCGCACUACUUUGCGAAGAAAAAAAAAAGUCUGAAACUAUUUUUGACUUGAAAUAACUCAGCUGAGAUGUCUUCUAUUUUCCUGAAGGUUUAUAGUGAAUUUAGUUCUUCAGAGAAAAUUAUUGAUUGACAUGAGUAAUUUGCGCUUUCGACGUACAUGGCUGGAGGGCUGUAUAUCUGUACUGUAAUACAACACUGUGCUCCCCCCUCCACCUCACACAGGAGGCUUCUGGGAGCUUGGUUUCCAUCUGAGAAUAGAAUCAAGGCUGUGAAAUUGUGCAGUGUGAAGAAAGAUGCAAUUAAAUCCAUCCAGCCAUGAUUUUCCAACGUUAUAGGUGAAUUUCUUUAGGUAGGGCUUAUUUAUUAUUUACACGUUCCAUCAGACUAACUUCCUAGUGCAGUAAUGCUGACAGGUUUAAAAGUGCUUCUUAAAGGGCUCUUUGAGUUUUUGCUGAGUAAGUAGGUACUUAGCUUUAGAUUGCACUGCUAAACUAAUAUUUGCAUAGUACAUGCUCGCCACACUUCCAGGUAGCCCAAAAUCUGGUGCUACAGCACAAGAGUGCAGACAUAAGAUGUUGUGGGGCUUGUAUUAGUGGUUCAUGGGUAUGGGUACUCCACUUAUGUUUAUAUAAAGUUUUGUGUUGAGAGAAGUUGAGCUCCCAGUGAAUGGAGCUUAUAGUGGGACUUUAGACAGAUUUUUUUAAGCUUUGCAUAGGCGUGGGAAAGCUUAAAACAUUUGCCAGGCUUUUAUUGAUGUCUUUGUCCCCAUUGGAAAAAAUAUUCUCUGACUUGUCCAUGUUCGCCAGGACAGAAAGGGAGGGGAAAUCUGCCCAAAGGGUAUGCAGACAGUGGUUUAAACCUGAACCUUAAAGAGGUUCCUGUCCUGGUUACGACCUGUUUCUGGGACAGGAUAUCAAGGGAGAGCUUCAGGGACAAAUGGCUAAGUUAUGUGAACCCCAUGAAAGUAGUUCUGGCAUAACAAGAAAGUGUUCUGAGUUGUUGGCCAGAUGUAGGCCUCAUUUGCAGUUCUGCAGGGGUGUAAUCAUAUGAGAAGAUGAAACACAAAUGCUAAAAUUACAAGUAGCCCUUACAUUAGGAUUCGUAGUGCACAUCCAUGGUAAUUAGGUUUAAUGGUUGAUGUUUUCUUAGAAAUGUUAUGAGUAGUAGUAAUAAUGAUACCUAGUAAUAGCACAGCAGCAAUGGAUGCAUUACUGAAUAGCGAAGAUUGAACAUCUCGGCUACAGUAGCACUGAUAUCUAUAUACUGUACAAAGAGAUUCAGACAGUUUUAGGUGGAGUAAUGCCUUCUACACGCGAUCGUUUUUUCCGGCGGUAAAAAGUUCGCCAGGAAAGCCGAGAAUCCGCUCGGUAGCUUUUUCCCCCUAUACACAUCUGGGUUUCCCGACAGGAAAACUGCUACGAGAGCUUUGGUCGGGAAACCUGGCCUUGUGUAUGCUUCACCGCAGGUUUUCCCCAUAGGGAAGAUGCUGGCUUAAAAACUGCUGGCAAUCCCAGCGGGAAAAAAGAGAACAUGUUCUCUUUUUUCCCGCCAGGAUUCCUGGCGGUUUUCCUGUCGGGAAAACUGCGAUGGAGCAUACACAUGGCCAGGAUUACCAGCCAAAAUCUCUCAUGCCAGUUUUCCUGCCAGGAAUACUGGUCGUGUGUACGAGGCGGUUUAGAAUAUACACAACCCUUAAGCUGAAAGUUAAAAUGAUGAUUAUAAGCCUUGGUUAGGACUUUCAGGCUGCCAGUCGUACAUUACAUUUUAAAUAAAUUCCUUAGCACUGAAAGCAUCAUGGCCAUAGACUGACCUGCAGUUUGACUUCUUGUUUUAGGAGGCAUGCCCCAACUGGCCAAAAUCCCAUCAGAGUGCCAUUUGUACAUUGGAAGACCAGUCUCCAAUGCCAUCCUGCCGCACCCUAAUAUAAUAGAUGGAUAUGUAUGACCACAUGCUGGCCAGUACUCCUCAACUGCUAUUGGCUGCUUUUCUACUCUGCUGUACUCCUUCCACACCACAUUCUCCUCUAUUCAUCCAGCAAUAAAUGAAAGAGAAAUUCAUAUUGACCGACUGGAUUCUAUUCAGGUUUUAUUUUAGGUGCUACUCUACAUUACUGCAUUUGCUUAAUGGGGUUUAUAGUUCAAAUACGCCACAGGCUCAGGGAAUGCUUUAUAUAAAUAAGUACUUUAAUGUGAUUGGUAGUGACUAUAUAUCCAACAAAGACGUGGUCACCAUCCAAACCAUCAACCCAGCUAUUGCUACUCCAGUGUCUGCGGUUACAGAUGAUCUCUUUUGGCACAAGAUAUUGGAAGUUUUGUCAUUUGGCAGCUAUUCCUGCUUAGCUAGACCUUAAAAUCACAGCAAGUAAAGAAGCUUUAUAUACAGGCUUUUCUUUGCAUCAAAUCUGUUUUGCUACCUACACAAGUCUGUUGGAAAACAAAAGCUUGAAGCUGGUUGAUGCAGCUUAGAAUGAUGAAAGCCGAGUGCACCUGAGAGCACACUGCAUUUGCCCAUCAACACAAGCUUAAAGUAAACCUGUGGUUUGCCCACAUCAGUGACAGGUUUACUUCACUACCCAUGUCCCGAGCAACAUACAUGCCUUCUUACUCCCUAUUGCUCCACCUAACCAUGUAAGGAGAGGAAGCUUUGUAUGCUCCAGAUUGUAACUUGGAGCUUACACAGGGCUGAGGACUUUCUCAAAGACAUCAUAGGGGGCUUGCAGGGAAGUAACUUGCAACGCUAAAAACAUAUACACCCAUUUUCUUGUUUCUUUUAUGAACCUAUUUAUUUAGCAAUAACUUUUAUUGCUUUAGGUACAAAUAUGAUAUAUAUAUAUAUAUAUAUAUAUAUAUAUAUAUAUAUAUAUAUAUAUAUAUAUAUAUAUAUAUAAAACUAUUAAUGCAGAUCUGCGGUGCAUAAAAUAAAUAAAUUCUGCAGUCCAGUAAACAUAAGCAACAAUACUGUUGGAGUCUUUCGAUGACUGGCCUUCUACGUAGUUGGCUUGAACCAAAAAAGUGAUCCUCUUUUGCACCCUUUCCCAUGCCACCAAUCUUUCGCUAUACCUAGAUAGCAGCUGCAAAAACUCUGUAUAAAACUAAGUUUUAACCCUUUUGUCAGAUGUCCGUAGCGGACGGUAAGCACUUCUACAAUUGCAUAAUCCCUUCUGCAGAUUUGAUUUACAUUCACUAGUUAAGGAAGAACACAGAUAUUAUUCAUGGCAACAGGUUUUUAUUAUCUGCAAUGCCAAACUGACAGUUGGAAUGUGAUUACUGUAGAAAAUCUGGAUCUCUUUUAUAUGUUUAAAUAACAAUCAUUUUACUACCACUUACACAUGUAUAAAUGGUUUGACAUUAAAUCGCAAACAAAAUUGCCAUAUAGAAGUGGAGCUGGCAACCUUUGCAGCAAAAACUAGCCUCCAUAUGACAAUAUACAAACAUGGCUAUUCUGGUCCUUCGUGCCAUCCUAUCUGUACUUCAUUACAUUUAAAGUGAACCUGCCAUGUUGGAAAUGAGAUCUGCCACCAUUAGCUUCUUCUUGCUCAUUUGCUGACUGGCAUGCUUAUCAUGAGGCUUCACUAGAUAGUGAGUCCCUGGCCCACGCUUCACAGGCUGCAUACUUUUUCAGGUCAAUGACUUACUAAAUGGUUAAGCAUCAUGAUGACCAACUUUGAACUAGUAGAGAUAUGGUUGUUAUAACAGGUUCCCUUUAUUGACCCUUCAUUGAUAUGUAAUGUAGUAUAUUUUUUCUUUUUUUAACCAAAUGCUUCAUUUUUGCUGUGCAAAAUGUUUCCCCCUUUACUGUGAGAUUGCAGUUCACGGGCACACUACCUGCAUAUGCCAGAUUCCAAAUGACAAAAAUGGAAUGUUGUGUGGAGUUUAUAUUCUUUCCAUGAAAGAAAUAACAUGGGCUGCUUACUUAGUAAUGCUGGUUUCUGUUAAAAAGAUGUUUUAUUCAACAAUAUAUUCAUAUACUGUAUAUUAUUUUUUAGCUGUGUAAUUUCUGUAAGAAUGUUAUGAAGAUGCAAACAGAAUUGCAGUGUUUCUUUCUUUUUGCAUUGUAUUUGAACGUAAUUAACUGGCGAUGACUGAUGUAACUGUGAUGGUGAGGACAAUAAUGUUACAUUUUGUUGCACUUGUGUGUUUAAUAUUUACUGUAUAUACAAUGUAUGAAUAUACUAUAAAGAAGUGAUUUCAA